AUGGAGCGAGCACAGUCCCUUCUCAGCAGCACCACUCUAUCCAUCAGCAGCUCCCGAUCCAGUACCCGCUCGUCCCGCUCGAACUCAUUACUGAACACGACACCCGGUCAGGAGAAGGGGGAGUUCUUCCUCCCCGCGCCAGCCACUACGAUCUCACAACCGAAACUCCGGGUGCGCGCGAUACUGGGCCACUGCCUGUAUCGCAGGGUUGUGAUAUGGACGGUAACAAUAUCUAUGCUGAUCUGCCUCGCGUACCUCAACACGCCGCUAUACACACGAGAUGGCAAGGCCCUGGCAGAUGACUACAGGAUAGGCGGGGUUGGGGACCCGAAGAAGCAUGGCAAGCCGGCGCCGCUUGAGGAAGACCUCAUCGUCGAAGGUGACAUGCCGCCAUGGCUCAAGUUCAAGCAUCUCAACGGUUACUUCAAUGGUGUUAAGUCGAUCGUCUCCAUCGCCAAUCACACGCCUGAGUAUCCCAACAUCUCUCAUCCGGCACCGGUGACAAACGUACCGAUUUACCAUGAUGCCCCUCCUAUCCCUACUGUCUACGAGGCUCACCCGAAUUACGCAUCCGCCGAGUACCAGAGAGAGCAUUACCCCGUUCGCGAAUGCUUCAUCGACCAGGACGACAAAGUUGCCGUCCCGGAUAUCUACGCCUUUGACGGUGUCCCCCAGAACCAGCCCGAUCCGGCCAUGGGCUCCUACACCGUGCUCGGUCUUCGCAAUGACGUUUGCUUCGAUCGUUUCGGACGCUAUGGCCCCUAUGGCCUCGGUUACAGCAUCAGCGAGGGCGGUACGUCUCAGGGCCAGGAUACCGAACAUGAGGGCGCCGAGGUUGUCUGGGCCAAGACCGGCAAGAUUGACUACAGCCGGGUCGACUGGGGCGCCGCCCAGGAGCGAUGCGUGGAACGCAACAGCGCCCGCUUCAGCAAUGGCUCGUCCGAGGACAACACCAAUGAUUCGGUCUUGAGGGAGCCCGAGGAAAGCGCCGGCAAGGUCAUCAAGAAGACGGACCGCAUCGCCGUCGUCGUCCGCACCUAUGUCGGCUUCCAAUGGACCCAGCUCGCCAUCGUCAACUUCCGUGCCAUGAUUUCCGAGCUCUCGCUCAAGUCCGGCGGCGAAUAUUCUGUGCACUUCCUCCUCCACGUGAAGGACAACGAAGCCCCCAUCUGGUCGGACCCCUCUGUCGUGCAGAGCAUCCUUGAUGCCAACGUGCCGACCGAGUUCCACUCCAUAUGCACUCUCUGGUCCGAGGCGGAAAUGAGGCUCUACUACCCCGGCCACUUCGCUGACGCGAUCGAGAACCCAUCCAACGGUGAUAUCCACGGUGUUUAUCGAAGCGCGCAGAUGCCACUUCAGGUCUUUGCCCUCCAGCAUCCCGAGUAUACCCAUUUCUGGAACUGGGAGAUGGAUAUGCGCUACAUCGGCUCUUAUUAUGAACUUCUGGACCGCCUGGGAUCGUGGGCCAAGGCUCAGAGUCGCACCCUUCUCUGGGAGCGGUCCGCCAAGUACUACAUCCCCGCCGAGCACGGCUCUUACGAGGAGUUUGCCGCAAUCGUUGAGAAAGAGCUCGAUGCGUCCGGCCGCCGUGCCAUCCUUGGCCCUCAGAUCUUCCCCGGCCGCCAAUCGCUCAAGAGCGAAGAAGCCGGCAUCUCGAUCAUGCCCCCUUCGUGUGACCAGGGCGGCAAACCCGAGGCGUGCGGCGUUGGCGAGGACGCCGACCUCAUCACCCUCAACCCUCUCUUCGACGCGGACGAAUCCGGCUGGGUCUUCGCCAAGGACGUCACCGGCUACGAGAUGGUCUUCGCCCCGCCCCCGCGCCGCUGCGCCAUCGUCACCGCCUCGCGACUCUCUCGCCGCCUCCUCGCCGCCAUGCACGAAGAGAUGUGGCGGAUGCACCACAGCAUGUUCUCCGAGAUGUUCCCCGCCAGCAUGGCCCUGCACCACGGCUUCAAGGCGGCCUACGCCCCGCACCCCGUCUACCUCGACCGGGCGUGGUACCCUUUCAACACCAUCGAGAAGGCCUUCAACGGCGGCCGCGACGGUACCUCGGGGGGCCACGGAAGCCCCUUUGAUCUCAAGAACGAGCACAACCACAAGGGCACGAGCUGGUACUACAACUCCGAGUUCGCCGGCCUCCUGUGGCGCCGGUGGCUCGGGUACGCCCAGAUGGACGGCCGCGGCAACAACGGCGGCCGCGCCGGCGAGGGCACCCUCCGCGGAGGCAUGGAAGAAGAGUCCAACAAGGACAGCUCGGGCCGUCUGUGCCUGCGCAGCAUGCUUUUGCACCCGAUCAAGUGGGAUAACCCGAUUGAGAGGACAUAA